AUGACGAGAGGCCUAUCGACCUCGGUCCUUCUGGCCAUUAUUUCGGCCUUCUCUGGCUCGGAGGCUUCGGCCAUCACCCAAAACUGCUCGGCCUUUACCACCGACGCAGGGUCUGCCUUCACCCACCACCGCUUCUAUGACUUCCGAAACCUCUCUAGGGAUGCGGGCCCUUCCAGUGCCGGCUCGGUAAGUCCAGCCUUAUCCCGCACCGUGGGUGACUACUGGACUACGGACUGGGAGGUCUCCAACAUUUUCAAGUGGGAGGCUCACCCAGGAUGGGCACCGAUUUUGUAUUCUCCGGAAUCCGUCGAUCGCAAGGACAAUGGGGACGGAUCCCUUCUUGAACUGACCACCACGCAGCUCAAGAAUGGCACGCAAAAAUCUGCAGAGCUGAUCUACAGAGAGUACAACAUCACUACUCUCUCGUUGCGCAUUCUUGCGCGAAUCACAGGAAGUCCCGGCGCCUGCGCCGGCUUCUUUACUUAUUACAACGACACCCAGGAGACGGAUAUAGAAGUCGUGACGCGGGAUCCCGUCGACAUGUUCCACGGCUCCAACCAACCCACCUACGACGGUCAGGAGCGGCCCAUUCCUGACACGUCGUUCAACAUCUCGAUGACUACCAACAAUGCGGGGAAAUCCCGCGAAGAGUGGAACACCUACCGCCUCGACUGGAUCCCAGGCCAAAGCUCGUUUUACCUGAACGGGGUGCAGUUGGCCCAGACAGGCAAGAACGUCCCCUUUGAGGAGAGCAGGCUAAUCAUUAGCAUGUUUGGCAACGGCGGCUCAUGGUCAGGCCCUAUGGAAGUUGGGAUGGACGCCACGCUGGAGGUGCAGUGGAUCCAGUUUGCCUUCAACUCUACUUCUGCCAGUCCAGGAUCAGAUGGCGUUAUUUGCAACAUUGAUGACCCCAACUUCAUCAAGGACCUCCCACCUCCAGACAGCAUCGAGGACAGCGGGCAGCCGCAUUCAGCUGUGCCGUUCCUGAAAUUGAUCGUUCUAUUUGUAUCCGUUUAUGGUAUAAUAAUAUUCUUUUAA